AUGAUGCAAAUUAAAGCAAAUAUUGCACGUAUGAAAUAUCGUUCUGUUUGCUCUGAAUUAAAAGAGAAAUCAGUACUUUACGCUUCCUCCUUGAAAAAUUUAGAAGAUGGCAUAAGGCAACAAGAAAACGAAAUCAAACGUUUACAGGAAGUGAAGGAAGAAGCUAUAGAAUUAAAAGACAGCACUCAAGAGACUUUGGUAAAAGAGGAGAUAGAAGAGACAAAUUCCAGCAAAAAACGUGAUUCUAUUAUCAAAGAAUACAGGCAGCGCGUGGCGGAACGAAGGAUGGAAUUGGAACGAUUGGAACGUAUGAUAUUUCAUACCCGUCCGCGGGACGAUUUCGAAACACGUGGGAAAAGUCGCGUACAAGAGGACAUGAUCAAGGACGAGCUGGCGCGAUUGGAGGAGACGUUCACCAAGCUUCAGAACGCUACCGGAGUGUCCAGGUCCGAGGAAGUUCUGAACCGGUUUCUGGGUCAGAAGGCGACCAAAGAGAGUCUGCAGAAAAUGCGAACGGCCACGGAACAAGAGAAGAUGGUGUUGGAAAAGAGGAGGCAGGAGCUUAACGCCGAGAUAGAGAUGAGAAAAUUUUCAGAAACAAAGAGCGCCGAACAAAACGCGGAAAUAGUGGCAAAACUCAACUUGCAAAUCGAUGAACAGCGAUCUCGUAGGGAGAAAGCCGAGAAUGCAAGUCGACGAAUCCGCGAGCUCUUAAACGAAGUAACUGGUAUACUGUAUAAACUGUGUGAGAAGUUCCAGGUGAGAGUUAUUAAUUAUAAGUCCGUGGACGACAGAAUCUAG